AUGAUAACUCUUCACUUUUAUUACAACAUGGAAAAACCUAUUUGUGAAAAAUUUCAACUUAUUCCUGUAAAAUUUAGAAAGAACCUUUGUUAAAGAGUCAGAGAUUUAAAAGCAAGAUAGCAAAGAAAGAAAAAGAAAAAGGAAAGAGGAAAGUAUAGAAGCUAUAGUCUAAAUUUAAAAAUUUGUGCGCUCAAAUGGAUUGAGGAAGGAAGAGAUGAAAGAACUAUAGCUGAAGAAUUAGAUAUUCCAUUGAAGAACAUAAGAAGAUGGAAAAAACAAGGUCCUUUUCGUAAGAAAGGUUGUGGGCGCAAAUCAAUUGAUUUAGAGAUGGAAUAAAAAUUGGCAGCAUGGUGUCAUGAAACUAUUAGAAAUACUAAUAAACGAGUAUCUCGAGCCAUGAUUUAAACAUAAGCCUUGAAAAUGAUUAAGUAAGGAGUAGAUUUCAAAGCAAGUAAAGGAUGGACAGAUAAAUUUGUUAGAAAAUAUAAACUAAUUAGAAAUAAAAGAAUUUCAAAAUGA